AUGAACACUGGAAAGGAGAUCAGCCAGGAUCUGAAGGGCGGUUGGCCUCCAGAUCGAGGCAGACAGGCAUUGAUCACUGACUUUCUGAAACCUCAGGAUGUGUCUGAGGAGGGUCUACCAAAGGUUCCUACUGGAGACGAAGGGAGACGUUCUUAUUCAUCCGUGGUGGGGAGUGCUUUGCCGAAUGUGGAUAGUCUGCCAGACCCCAUUCAUGCUGGCACUGAUACCAAGAUAAUAGUUCCUCAAGAGGCCUAUGAGGAACGACUCCAAGGUUUCCGAUUUGCCUUGAUUGGCAGAGUAAAUUUCAAAUCCAUAUCUAUGGAUGAUAUCCGCAAGGAAGUGAGUGAAGCCUGGAACCUCAAAGGCGGUGUGAAGAUGGCUCUGAUGGGGAAGGGUUACAUCCUCUUCAAGUUUGAUAAGGAAGAUGACAUGGCAGCACUGUGGCGAAGGAGCCUUACAAGAGUCGCUCGACACGUACUCAAAUUCCAGCGAUGGAAGCCUAACUUUGAUGUGCAUUCAAAGAAUAUCACUACUAAGCUCAUAUGGAUCAGAUUCUCUGAUUUGCCUCUUGAAUAUUGGCAUGAGAAGAUCCUUCUCACUAUGGCUAAGGCUGCUGGGAGACCUGUCGCGCUAGAUAGAUGUACUCGAGCGGCCUCCAUGGGAUCUUUUGCUCGGGUCCAAGUGGAGAUCGAAAUGGGAGCAAGCAGGCCAGAGGAGAUUCAAGAUGAGAGAUGA